CCCCCCCCCAAAAGUCCUUCAGCAUCAAAAACCUUCCGAGUCUUCAUUCAAAUCAUGCAUUGCCUCAAAGCCAACGGCUAAUCCAUUCAUCCUCGUCCAAUCAACCUUUUCUUUUUGUAACUUCAUUCUCCAUUUUCAUUAGCAAUUUUAAAUUAUCACCAAAACCCUAACCUUAUCCCUAAAACUCACCAACUUCACCCAAUGACAAAGGUCCACGGAACCGGCGUUUACGACUUCAAGCGCCACCAUGUGGCCGAGUACCCAGUCGAGUUCACUGACAAACUGGACUCAAAAUCCGGCCCCGGUUCAUCCCUUCCCAGCUCUAUUACUUUAUCUGAAAUCCAGCGAGACCAGCUGACUAGGAUAGCCACGGCAAAUUGGCUAAAGAGUGGCGGUUCGAAGCCUAACAAGCCUUUCGAUCCUCAGCUAGUUAAGGAGAUUUAUGACACGGAGCUUACUGUGAAGUCGGAGGGGAAGUCGCAGAGGAAGACAGUACCGUUGCAAAGGGUUAUGAUAUUGGAAGUCAGUCAGUAUUUGGAAAAUUACUUGUGGCCUAAUUUUGAUGCUGAGACGGCGUCGUAUGAGCAUGUUAUGUCAAUGAUAUUGAUGGUCAAUGAGAAGUUUCGAGAGAACGUGGUUGCUUGGUCAUGCUUUUAUGAUCAGAAGGAUGUGUUCACAGGAUUCCUUGAGAGGGUCCUUCGCCUGAAGGAGGGAAGAGACUUAACCAUUGCAGAGAAAACGAAUUAUCUAGUUUUCAUGAUCAAUGCUUUUCAGAGUUUGGAAGAUGAAAUUGUAAGGGAAACUGUCCUUAGAUUAGCAAGUUUGCGAUCCUGGCACAGUUUGUCAUAUGGUCGUUUUCAGAUGGAACUUUGUCUUAAUCCUGAUUUGAUCAAGAAAUGGAAAAGAAUGAUAAAGAAAGAAUCUGAUGAUGCUAAGAAGCAAGGCAUACAUCUUGAUCCCUUAUCUUCAUUGGAAGUAAACUUUUUGAGAAAUCUGAUAGAAGAGUUUCUUGAGGUGCUUGAUCACAAGGUGUUUUCCAAGAAGCAUUCUGUUAAUGAAGAUGACGAACUUGAUGCUAGUAGUUUCGAGCAAGUUGAUGAUGCUUCUGUCUUGUACUGUGAGAGGUUUAUGGAAUUUCUUAUUGAUCUAUUGAGUCAACUGCCAACAAGGAGGUACCUGAGGCCUCUUGUGGCUGAUGUAGCUGUUGUUGCCAAAUGCCAUUUAAGUGCUCUUUAUAGAUGCAACGAAGGGAAACUCUUUGCACAACUUGUGGACUUGCUACAGUUCUAUGAAAAUUUUGAGAUAAAUGAUCAUGUUGGCACUCAGUUGACAGAUGAUGAGGUGCUUCAAUCUCAUUAUGAUCGCCUUCAAUCCUUGCAGCUGCUUGCUUUUAAGAAAAUUCCUAAGUUGCAAGAACUUGCACUGGCCAACAUUGGUGCAAUACACAAGCGUGCAGAUCUCUCAAAAAAAUUAUCCGUUCUUUCUUCUGAAGAAUUAAAGGACUUGGUUUGCUGUAAGCUCAAACUGGUCUCAAAGAGUGAUCCUUGGUCAGAUAGGGUUGAUUUUCUCAUUGAGGUGAUGGUCUCCUUUUUUGAGAAACAGCAAUCUCAAAAGGAAGCCAUAAAUGCUCUUCCUCUCUACCCAAAUGAGCAGAUUAUGUGGGAUGAAAGUGUUGUGCCAAGUAUUAAUUACUCUGGUGAAGGUUGUCUAGCUCUUCCAAAGCUUAACCUACAAUUCUUAACACUCCAUGAUUAUCUUCUAAGGAAUUUCAAUCUCUUCCGUCUUGAAUCUACAUAUGAAAUUCGUGAGGACAUCCAAGAAGCUGUUCCACACCUUCUUGCCUACAUCAAUAAUGAGGGAGAAACUGCUUUUCGUGGGUGGUCAAGAAUGGCUGUGCCAAUAAAAGAGUUCAAAAUCACUGAGGUAAAGCAGCCAAAUAUCGGAGAAGUCAAGCCAGCUUCCGUAAUUGCAGAGGUUACCUACAGCAUUUCUAGUUAUAGAUCACGAAUAAGAUCAGAAUGGGAUGCCCUUAAGGAGCAUGAUGUUUUAUUUUUGCUAUCUAUUAGCCCCUCAUUUAAGCCUCUAAGUGCAGAGGAAGAUGCUAAAGCUAGUGUGCCAGAGAAGCUUGGCCUUCAAUAUGUACGGGGAUGUGAAAUUAUUGAGAUCCGUGAUGAGGAGGGAACUCUCAUGAAUGAUUUUAGUGGAAGAACUAAACGUGAGGAGUGGAAGCCACCAAAAGGUGAACUAAGAACUGUGACUAUUGCUUUAGAUACUGCACAAUAUCACAUGGAUGUGACUGACAUUGCUGAAAAAGGUGCUGAAGAUGUUUAUGGGACAUUUAAUGUGUUGAUGAGGAGGAAACCUAAGGAAAAUAACUUCAAAGCAAUUUUAGAGUCUAUCAGAGAUCUUAUGAAUGAAUAUUGUAUUGUUCCUGAUUGGUUGCAUAAAAUAUUUUUGGGCUAUGGGCAUCCUUCUGCUGCACAGUGGACAAACAUGCCUGAUCUUCUAGAAACAGUGGAUUUCAAAGAUACUUUUCUUAGUGCAGACCAUUUGAAAGAUAGUUUUCCACAUUAUCAGGUUUACUUUGUUGAUUCAGAUGGUAGAGAAAAUUUGGAUCCAAGGCCACCUUUUCGUAUCAAGCUUCCUCGGUUGCUUAAAAGCGAUACUCAUGCUCUGUCAGGAAAUGGAAGAUCUGAUACUGGUUCACUGAAUGAUGCCAAUAUGGUGCACGCUUGUGUUGAGAAAGAAAAACUAAUUGUUGAAGCAUACAUCCCUCCGGACCCAGGUCCUUAUCCUCAAGAUCAACCAAAACAGAACUCAGUUAGAUUUACACCUACCCAGGUUUUUGCCGUAAAGAGGAUGUCGUCUGCACGUCACCUCAAAUUUCUUCGUCUUGGGUGCAGAGGAUAUCGCAGCCAAGGGUGCUUUCGUCAUCUAAAGACUAUGUUCCAAGAUUGAGAGUGCAGGGCAUUUGAAUUGCUCAAAUCAACAGCUGAUCGAGCAAAAACUGAUGACCAAGCAGCAAAGAUUGUGGCGAUGACAUGUACGCAUGCAGCCCUAAAGAAGAGGAUUUCCUUAACUUGGUUUCAAGUAUGACAACUGUUGAUGGAAGAAGUGCCCAGAUACUGGAGAUUGAAACUUUAUCCACAUAGUUGCUCCAAGGCAGGAAGAUGGUAUGCUCGGCUUAAACGUGCAUAUGAUUGGUGACAUCACCAGCUGCCCCCUGUUGUGAAAAAUAUGGCUUUCCAAAAGUACAGCCACAUGGAUCAGAGUUUGUUUACAAGGUUUGUUCGGCUGGGUAUUCCUUACAUUGAGCUUAAUGCUCAGGGUAGAGCCAGGCCAAGUAUAGCCCAACUUUACAACUGGAGGUAUCGGGAUUUGGGGGACCUUCCUUAUGUGAAAGAGGAAGCUAUCUUCCAUAGAGCAAAUGCUGGAUUUUCCUAUGAUUACCAACUAGUGGAUGUGCCUGAUUACCAUGGGAGAGGUGAGACUGCCCCCUCUCCUUGGUUUUAUCAAAAUGAAGGGGAGGCUGAAUAUGUUGUCAGUGUCUAUAUAUACAUGCGAUUACUUGGCUACCCUGCAAAUAAAAUUUCCAUCUUGACAACUUACAAUGGUCAGAAGCUUCUGAUUCGUGAUGUUAUCAACAGAAGGUGUCUUCCAUAUGAUUUCAUUGGUCCACCCAGUAAGGUUACUACAGUCGAUAAGUUUCAAGGCCAGCAAAAUGAUUUUAUUUUGCUUUCUCUUGUUCGUACUCGCUUUGUCGGUCACCUCCGUGAUGUUCGAAGAUUGGUGGUUGCCAUGUCACGUGCUCGCCUUGGCCUGUAUGUGUUUUGUCGACGCUCUCUGUUUGAACAGUGUUAUGAACUCCAGCCUACUUUCCACCUGCUGCUUCAGAGACCUGAUCAUCUUGCUCUAAAUUUGAAUGAGAGCACGUCAUUUACUGAACGACAUGUUGAAGACAUUGGGCAUCCAUAUCUUGUUGGUGGUGUUGAGGAGAUGGCGAACAUAGUUUAUGAGAAAAUAAAUCAAUUACAACAGGCACGUGCCAUGUAUCAGUACUUGCCUUAUUCUGGACAAUACAUGGGAACAUCAGAGGAGCAAAAUAGUGAGCACAAUUCAAUAUCCUCAAACCAGGCCAUGGACAUUGAUACAUCAGUGGCUGAAAAUGGUAGAAUUGAUGACAAUGUACAUGAAAACAAUGGAGAGGAAGCUAAAGAUGUGGAUGGUCUUGCAAAUGGUCCAGAUGGGGUGCUACCUCCAGAGAACCUGUCAAAUGCAGAAAAAGAUGCUGAAGUUUGUGCAAAUGAUGAAAACAGGGUGCCCUAGUUAAGAAAGAAAUUGAUGCACUUCAGUCCUCCUUCCUUGAGUUGCACAGGUAGCCAACAAGCAUCGGAGAAGACAGUGCUUUUACCUUAAUUAUAGAGAACUGCUGCUUUCCUCCAGAUGUGGCUUAACUAUAGAUCUUCAUAGCUGCUGUUCAUAUGGAGGUGUUAGAGCUAUAACCUUCUUGCUUUCCGGACCUUGGGGUGACAUGUUGAAAGGUAAAGUGUUUUGGAUCCUUCUAUUCAUGCGGCUUAAAGCUUCUAGCUGACGAAGGAGUGACAAAGGGACAUGAAAGUGAUGAAAGGGACAUUUCGAAGAUUCACUAAGUUUCAAUUGCAUCAUGUGGGAGAAAAAAGGGAUAAAAGACCAGAUUUUGGUGCUUAAUAUUUGUCUAAUUGUUUCCCUCCUAGUAAACGAAAAUGAUGAGAGUUUGGUGUAGGGUAACAGGCCAUAGUGAAGCUUUUGUGUAUUGUAUUGUAGUGAUGACCUUAUUUGCUUAACUUAAUUUAGUGUAGUCAUCAGAGAUAACAGAGACUAUUGAUUCUCAUUGCCCUCUGAGUGCUUUGACUGAAAUUUUAACUAGUAUACACCUUAACCAGACCCAUUUUAUCAUACCUCCAUGGCAAGUCAACUGGGUUUA